UUUCUCCAGGAGAACAGGAAACGAUAGAUAACAAGAAGUAACUCCUGUGACGAACGGGAGAGCUCCCCUCGAGCAGGAGUACCAAAUAAAACUGGAUUAAAAGCUCGCAUUCGGAUAGAAACCCGUUUUAUGUGUUACUUUGGUAACCCAUUAACGAAUUAGAAGAUAAUAUAUAUUUAUCAAGUGUGUUUCGAGCUCAAUCCAAGGAGUUUAAAGUUUCCGUGAAAUCCUCUUGGAUCUCACAGUCUUCCUAAACCAGACUGUGAUGUGGUGACGCGGCUCAUCGACGGAAAGCUAAGCUAGCUGGCAAAAAAAAUACACAACAGAAAAUGUCCUUUGGAUAUUUAAUUUCCUUUUGACUUCGUCCUGAAUUUUUUAUUUGACCACAGGAGUUGGAUUAUAAACACUUUCCAUGCGUUGCCUGGCAUCUCGAACCGUAGCUAGCUAUUACUGAACUUUUUGUUGCAAUCUUUGGCUAGCAUAACCGGCUGCCUAGCUAGCUAUCCUUGUCCAUAUCAUUGCUAGCAGGCUAGCUAACGUUACAUCUGUUUCCACUUUUGUUCAUGGUAUGGAGUGCUGUCUUGCUGGAUAACAACACUUUUUUGUUGAGGAAAUUUAAAAACGGUUAAGAUCAGAUAAUAACUGAAUGGAUAUUAUAUAUGCAAGUACCAACAAUCUGGUUGACCCACUUUUUAUUGUGCAAUACACCGAAUUAGCUAACGUUAGCUAGUUAGCAAGCUAACCCGCUAGGUUUGGAGAAUUGCCCUGUGUGUGAUGUGUGUGCUGUGCGGCCUUUGGAAUUCCUUUCUUCUACGCCGUCAGCAUUUCAACCUGUAGGGUUUUUACAAUUUCAAUGGAUUUUAAUGUUUUAAAUGUCUUGGAUUAUUCAUAAAACUGUACCGUCACUUUAGAGUUCCAUUCGUUGAGAACUGGCUAGAAAUUAAGUUCAAGAAAGCGCAGUACAUCAAGAGAAAAGUGGACUUCACAAAGGAAUUUCGCAUACUUUGCAAAGAUGAUGUGCGAGGUGAUGCCCACCAUCAGUGAGUCAGAGGGGCCUCUCGGCGGCCGGCGGGGCUCUGGCUCGCCACUGCAGUCUGACUCGGAGGGCCAUUUUGAGUCUCUGAUGGUUUCCAUGCUGGAGGAACGCGACCGGUUACUGGACACACUAAGAGAGACCCAGGAGAACCUGGGCUUGACCCAGGGCAAGCUGCAUGAGGUCAGCCAUGAGAGGGACUCUCUGCAGAGGCAACUCAACACCGCCCUGCCCCAGGAGUUUGCGGCGCUGACCAAAGAGGUGAACGUGUGCCGAGAGCAGCUCCUGGAGAGGGAGGAGGAGAUUGCCGAGCUCAAGGCAGAGAGGAACAACACACGGCUCCUCCUGGAGCACCUGGAGUGCCUGGUGUCUCGUCACGAGCGCAGCCUGAGGAUGACAGUGGUGAAGAGGCAGGCCCAGUCUCCAGCUGGCGUCUCCAGCGAGGUGGAGGUCCUCAAGGCCCUGAAGUCUCUGUUUGAGCACCACAAAGCCCUGGACGAGAAGGUCAGAGAGAGGCUACGGGUGGCGUUGGAACGAUGCAGUACGCUGGAAGAACAGCUCACAUCAUCACACAAAGAGAUGGCCUAUCUUCGGGAGCAGAGCAGCCAGAAGAGAUCGCUGGGCGAUGGAAUGGAGGGGCUCAACCACAACACUGAGGACACACCAACCACGAAUGGCAAGCGGUCCUCGGACGGCUCUAUGAGCCAGGAGGAGGAUCGUGGGAAGGUGGGAGAGCUGCAAGAGGUGGUGGACCGGCAGACAUCCGACCUGGGGCAGAUGAAGGAGCGCAUGGCGGUCAUGACCGGGCGCAUCAACGAGCUGGAGGAGGAUCUAGACACAGCCCGCAAAGACCUCAUCAAGAGUGAAGACGGGAACACGCGCCUGCAGAGAGACCUACGGGAGUCUAUGGCCCAGAAGGAGGACAUGGAGGAGCGCAUCGUCACCCUGGAGAAGAGGUACUUGGCGGCACAGCGUGAGGCCACCUCGGUACAUGACCUCAACGACAAGCUGGAGAACGAAGUGGCCAACAAGGAGUCCCUGUUCAGACAGAUGGAGGAGAGGAACCGGCAGCUACAGGAGCGCUUGGAGCUGGCCGAGCAGAAGCUGCAGCAGACCCUCAGGAAGGCGGAGACUCUGCCUGAAGUGGAGGCGGAGCUAGCCCAGAGGGUGGCGGCUCUCACCAAGGCAGAAGAGCGUCAUGGUAACGUGGAGGAGAGGCUGAGGCAGAUGGAAGCUCAGCUGGAGGAGAAAAACCAGGAACUGCUUAGGGCUCGCCAGCGGGAGAAGAUGAACGAGGAGCACAACAGGCGUCUGUCGGAGACCGUUGACAAGCUGUUGUCAGAAUCCAAUGAGAGGCUCCAGCUCCACCUGAAGGAGAGGAUGUCUGCCCUGGAGGACAAGAACGCGCUCAUCAGAGAUCUGGAGCACACCAAGAAGAUGAUUGAGGAGGCCCACAAUGAGAAGGAACAGCUGCUGAUCCAGAUUGAGACGAUGCGGGCGGAAAACGAGCAGGACAGGAGCAGGAGCAAUUCCCUGCUGCAUCAUGGACGGUCCCACCUGGGCAGCACCCCAGACUUCAGGUACCCGGUGUCGGCCUCCUCCAUGAUGGACAGCCACUCUGACCACUAUGGCAGCGCGCUGGUGCUGAGGCGGCCUCAGAAGGGUCGUCUGGCCGCGCUACGGGACGAGCCAUCCAAGAGACAUGUCCAGACGCUAAACGAACAGGAGUGGGAGCGCGUGCAACAGGCCAACGUUCUGGCCAACGUGGCCCAGGCGUUUGAGUCGGACAUGGACGCGUCGGACCUGGAGGACGAGGAGCGGGAGACCAUGUUCAGCUCCGUGGACCUGCUGUCUCCCGCCGGCCAGGCCGACGCCCAGACCCUGGCCCUCAUGUUGCAGGAGCAGCUGGAUGCCAUCAACAAUGAGAUCAGGAUGAUCCAGGAGGAGAAGGAGAACACUGCCAUGCGGGCGGAGGAGAUCGAGAGCCGCGUGGGCAGCGGAGACAGCUUGGGGGGCAACCGCUUCCGCUCAAUGAGCUCCAUCCCGCCAUCCUCCAUGGCCGGGUCCUCGCCCCCCGGGUCGGGCAGCUCCACCCCGCGACGCAUCUCCAACCGCAGCCCCAACCGAGAGGUGGACCGCAUGGGGGUCAUGACCCUGCCUAGCGACCUGCGCAAGCACCGCAGGAAGUCUGCCCAGGAUGACAAGGCCACCAUCCAGUGCGAGACGUCGCCCCCCACCACCCCGCGCUCCAUGCGCCUGCACAAGGGGGCGGUCCACGCUGCCAGUCAAGAGGACAUCCGCGACAUCCGCGGUAUCGGCGCCCUGCAGGACGGCCAGGGUAGUAACCCCAGCAGCAGCAACAGCAGUCAGGACUCCUUGAACAAGGCGGCCAAGAAGAAGAGCAUCAAGUCGUCAUUUGGACGCCUCUUCGGUAAGAAGGAGAAGGGAAGGACCGGCCCGUCUGGCCCCAAGGACUCUCCAGGCAACCAAGCUGGUACCCCAGACGCGGAGAACUCUCCCCAGGAUGCACUGGGGCUCAGCAAGCUAGGCGGCCCUGCAGAGAAGAACAGGAAAUUGCAGAAGAAUCCCAUUACUGGACAUGAGUUGCUGGAAGAGGCUCGCCGGCAGGGUCUGCCGUUCGCCCAGUGGGACGGUCCUACAGUCGUGGUCUGGCUGGAGCUGUGGGUGGGCAUGCCGGCCUGGUACGUGGCGGCGUGCCGUGCCAACGUGAAGAGCGGCGCCAUCAUGUCAGCCCUGUCGGACACGGAGAUUCAGAGGGAGAUCGGCAUCAGCAACCCGCUCCACCGCCUCAAGCUGAGACUGGCCAUCCAGGAGAUUAUGUCCCUCACCUCCCCCUCAGCGCCACCCACCUCCAGAACCUCAACGGGGAACGUAUGGGUCACACACGAAGAAUUGGAGUGUCUGGCAGCGACACCGCCCACGGAGGAUGACGAGGGCAGCUGGGCCCAGACACUAGCGUAUGGAGACAUGAACCACGAGUGGAUCGGUAACGAGUGGCUGCCCAGUCUGGGCCUGCCCCAGUACCGAUCCUACUUCAUGGAGUCCCUGGUAGAUGCCCGCAUGCUGGACCACCUCACCAAGAAGGACCUGAGGGGACAGCUCAAAAUGGUGGACAGUUUCCAUAGGAACAGUUUCCAGUGUGGGGUGAUGUGUCUGAGGAGACUGAACUACGACCGGAAGGAACUGGAGAGGAGGCGGGACGAGUCCCUGCUGGAGCUGCAAGGUAACAGCCAGGAUCACGAUGUGCUGGUCUGGAGCAACGAGCGGGUCACCAGCUGGGUCCAGUCCAUUGGGCUGAAGGAGUACAGCACCAACCUGCUGGAGAGCGGAGUGCAUGGAGCUCUACUGGCCCUGGACGAGACCUUCGACCACAAUGCCCUCGCCCUGCUGCUGCAGAUCCCCACCCAGAACACACAGGCGAGAGCAGCUCUGGAGCGGGAGUAUAACAGUCUACUGGCCCUGGGCACAGAGAGGAGACUAGAUGAGAAUCUCUUCCAGGACGAUGAUAAGAACUUCCGGCGCGCCCCCUCCUGGAGGAAGAAGUUCCGGCCCAAAGACACACGAGGCAUGUCCCUCGGCUCAGCCGACACCCUGCCCGCCAACUUCAGAUUGACCAAUAGCAACGCAGCGUCCCCCUCCAUGCAGCCAAAGAGGAACCCUGUGGACGGGAGUCAGUCUGCAAUACAGAGGCUGGACACGGCCACGGUCAGGACCUACUCCUGCUAACACACACUAGAUAUGUUUAUCCUCAUUAUUUCUAUAGGUGACUUCUGGUUGGAGGACAAGGGGUGUGAGUUCUCCGCAAUCAGAAGUGGCUGCUGACCCAGCAACAACCCCUUCACCAGAGUUUUAUUAUCACAGAGAGGAAAGAACUAGCCAUGAUGGCGUUACCGUAGCAACGACGUCACUAUAGCAACGACACUUCACCAGAGUUUUAUUGUCAGAGGAAAAAAAAAAGAACUAGCGAUGACGUCACCAACCUCUGUUCUCCUGUGCGGGGACACGUCCUAGAUUUGUCGAUGUUUAUUAAUCUAUUUAUGUAUGCUGGUGGGACAUUUAAAAAAAUUAUAUUUGUUAUUUUAUCCAUCUGUUCUUUCUCCCACCUAUCUAAAUCUCUGUUUUAUCAAACUUUCCCUACUGUGCCCUUAUCAAGGUUAACUCUCAGAUGUAACUGAAUGUUUUUUCAACGGUCUGGAGUUUGUAUAUUUAUAUCAACAGACAUUUAUCUAAUCUUUUAUAUAUAUAAAUAUAUAUAUUCCUGAUCUUGUAAUGACCAGAUCUGCCCCCUCCCCAAGUUUUAACAUGCUGAAUUGACUUUUAAUAUGUGAUAUUUUAACUGAAUGCCCCCCUCCCCCCAAAAUCUCCCCCUAUCUUGUAUUAUUGUCAAACAUAUCAAUGGUGGUUAUUUGUAAAUGCAGCUCUUCUAUUUCAGUGAGGAUAUGUGAAUAUAAGAAAUAUCGCUGGAGUUCUGACUGAAAUCGUUUCACGAACUGUUAUAACGCUAUGGUCGAUAAACACCAUACCGUAACUUUCGAGUCCCCAGGUGACCUUGGUAACCAGUGACGUGGCAAACGACAAUUUUUCUUUUUUUCUACACUGCGAAACCAAACCAAAACUCUUGGAUGACAAACGCAAAAGCCAUAAACGGUAGCGAAGGCGAGGGCUAACUUCGGACGCAUCGUUCAAACAGAGACAGUCACGAUGCGGAGAAUGUCCAAUUCUCGGGUCAACCUUGCAUACCGACACUCCAUUCCUCUUUCCCCUGCCUACCUCCACCUUCCAUCUCUUUACCUGCCUUCCCCUGGAGCACUAACAGAAGCCCAGGCAUGCGUGGUGAUGAUGAAUGUGCAUGUACCUGAGCCGAGAAUGUGGCGGCUCUCCUCUCGACGGACCAAUUCCACUGUGGCCUCAACUAACCCUCGGCGACCAGCAAACUCCCCCUAGACGGCGCGAUCCACUUCAUAAGAAAAAAUACAUUGUAAACGCUUCGUACAACGGAGACCUCUUAUCAAGCCUUAUCGUUGUCUUUCACCGAGCUCCUCUCUCUGUUAUUUAUUCCUUGUCCCUCUUGUGUGUUUGUUUCUACUCUAGUGGCAAAAGCUGUUUUUAUCAGUCUUUUAAUCUGUUGUUCAACACCGGUUCCAGAGUCAAUACAUUUUUUUUUCAAGGCAAAUAAUUUUACGGAACCGAAGACUUCUACUUUCCACUCUACAUAGUUGUUUUCUCCCAUUUGUGAUUUAGUUGCAAAAUGCAAAUCAUGUUUUUGUCCUGUUUUUUCAAUUAUUCUCCUGUUCUCCCCAUUUUCUCCUGAUAUUGUAACAAAAAUGAUGUACAGUCUGAGUACCUAUGAACUAUUUUUAUCACAGUAUUAUUUAUUGCCUACUUUCAAUAAAAUACUGAAACUUAUUUUCCACUGCCAAUAAAAAGA